CAAGCAAAUUGUGACAUUUGGCGUUGGCGGGUCGACUUGAUACAUUAUUUACAUUUACAGUAUCAAUCAAGUGAAAUAACUUACCAAGAUGUUAAAUACCGACACGUGGAACCCUGAGAAUACGCUAAAAAUCUUAAUAGCUUCGGACAUUCACCUGGGCCAUGUAGAAAGCGACCCGGUGCGCGGUGAGGACAGCUUCCUCGCGUUCGAGGAGGUGCUGGCCGAGGCGGCGGCGCGCGACGUCGACCUCGUGCUCCUGGGUGGCGACUUGUUCGACCACGCCAAACCCUCGCCCGCCUGCAUGUUCAAGUGCACGCAGCUCAUCCGGCAGCACUGCUUCGGUGACAAGCCGGUUCGCAUCGAGCUGCUGUCAGAUCAGCUCGAAAACUUCUCACGUAACAUAAACUACGAGGAUCCCAAUCUCAACGUGUCGUUUCCCAUUCUGUCCAUCCACGGCAACCAUGAUGACCCCGUAGGACAGGGCAGCGUGAGCUCGCUGGACAUCUUGUCGAUCACAGGGCUCGUCAACUACUUUGGCAAGUGGAGCGACUACACGCGCGUGCGCAUCUCGCCUGUCUUGCUGCGCAAGGGCUCCACGCAGCUCGCGCUCUAUGGCCUCAGCCAUCUGAAAGACCAGCGUCUUGCACGCCUUUUUGCAGAAAAGAAAGUUGAAAUGGAGAUGGUGGACGACAGCAACAAUUGGUUCAAUAUGCUCGUCCUGCACCAGAACCGCGCGGACCGGGGCCCAGGUAACUUUAUACCAGAAAAAGUGCUACCAAAAUUCCUGGAUCUGGUGGUCUGGGGUCAUGAACAUGACAGUCUAGUGUUCCCAAUCAAGGGAGAAAAGAAUGAUAAUUUUAUGGUGGUGCAGCCAGGUAGUACAGUGGCAACAUCUCUAGCUGCAGGAGAGGCACUGCAGAAGCACUGUGCUCUAUUGGAAAUCCAUGGAACCAACUACAAAGUUACCCCAAUUCCGCUUAAAACUGUGAGACCAUUCAUCUUUAAAACCAUAGUUCUCUCUGAAGAGGACCUCGGGGAGGAAGAGGUCAACGAGCAUGAGAAAGUGCAGGAAUUUCUGAAGAAUAAAGUGAACGAGGCCAUUGAAGCGGCAAACAAUCUCCGCAGCGGGCAUCCCAAACAACCUACCCUGCCACUUGUGAGGCUGAGCGUGUUUUAUGAGCGGCCAAGCCAGGAUUUUAACAGGAUGCGUUUUGGUCAGAAUUUCACUGGACAGGUUGCUAAUCCAAAUGAUCUUUUAAUAAUGAAGCGAGAGAAAAAGUACAGGGAGCGAAAGGAGACAGAGGAAAUGGCAGAGGUAGACGUGGCGCACGCGGCGCAUGAAGCGGCCGAUGUGGAGGCGUUACUGGCCGCAUACUACGCUGCGCUGCCGCCAGCGCGCCAGCCAGCCGUGCUGAGCGCACGCGCCGCUACCGAGGCCGUGCGCGACUUUACACUCAAACACGACGAUGGCGUGUUCCGCCGCGUGUUCGACGCGCACCGGCGCCGCGCCGUCGAAGCGCUGCUCGAUUCCACCGCCGAAACUGACGACGAGAUCAUGGAGCGCAUGCGGCUGGCAAAAGAUGUGCUCGAUUCUACCGAUCUUGAUCAGCUGAAGAUGCUCGUGGACCUGAACAUCGUGGGGGAUCCUGCGCCUAAAACUAAACCGCGCGCAACCAGCAAAACGACUACAAAGACGUUAGUGGUACUUUCGAGCGAAGAUGAGACAUUGGAGCAGUCGAACACGUCACGCGGGGCCAAAGCGACGCGCUCGCGUGGACGUGGACCGCGUGCGACGCGGGGCCGACCGGCGCGCUCGGUGCCUUCGCCCGCUCCGACGCCGGAGCCAGAGCGUCGCGCGCCGCGCCGUGCCGCCACCAAGGCCGCGUGGCUGACGGGCGCCGCGGCCGGCCGCACGCGCAACUCUUCCAGUAUCGAGGACUCAGACUGAGCUAAUACCGUCGUCGACAUAAAUAACUGACUAUU